GUGGCAAAAGAUCAUUUUUUCCCCCUUACAUACAGAGAAAUAAAAUAAUGUUUCAUUUCUGAUAUACUUUUGUGCAAAAUCUAAUAAAAUAGACAUGAUUUUAUUUCAAUAUCCUUCCUGCAAAAUCCUUAGCUUACUUCCAAAGAACCAAAAUUAUUUCUAAUUAAUAAUUAAUAAACACAUAAAGCCAUGUCCACACCCCCCACUCUUAACACCAGAGAUCAGAGAUCCAAACCUUUUUUUACUUUCCUCUCUAUUUUUUAAGUCGUCGACACCGGCAACAAUGUCAAUCACCGCCGGCGGAAGCCGACCACAUGUUCUUGUAUUUCCAUAUCCAGCUCAAGGCCACUCUCUCGUACUCCUCGAUCUCACCCACCAACUCUCUCUCCGCAACAUAGCCAUAACCAUCUUGGUCACCCCCAAGAACCUUCCAGCUCUCCACCCACUUCUCACCGUCCACCCAACCAUCGAAACCUUAGUCCUUCCGCUUCCUCCCCACCCCAAACUACCUCCCGGGUUAGAGAACAUCAGGGAAAUCGGAGUGUGUGGAAACAUCGCCAUGGUCAACGCCUUGUCCAAGCUCCACGACCCCAUCGUAGAGUGGUUCAACUCCCACACCAACCCUCCUGUGGCCAUCAUCUCCGAUUUCUUCCUCGGCUGGACUCAGAAACUCGCCGAUCAGAUUAAGAUUCCGCGAAUCUGUUUCUUCUCCAACCGGGUUGCCAUAGCCUCAUUGUUUGACUACUGCUGGCGCAAUAUAAAGACAGUUCGCUCUUUACCGGUCGUCGAGUUCCAUGAGCUCCCGAAAUCACCUUCUUUCAAGCAGGAGCAUAUGCCUUCUAUAAUCCGGUUGUUCGACGAAUCCGAUCCCGAUUCGAGGAUGGUUAGACAUGGUUUCAUAGCAAAUGGUUCAAGUUGGGGACUUGUUUUUAAUAGCUUUGAUUUUUUGGAAGGCGAAUUUUUAGACCAUUUGAGAAUGAGAACGGGACACCAUCGAAGCUUCGGUGUGGGGCCAUUGAACUUGUUUACUUUACCUCAAAGUUUGGAACGGGGGAUACCGGAUAACAAUUUCCAUGGCUGCGGCGGUGAUGUUUUAAGCUGGCUUGAAGGGUGUGCUGAUGGAUCCGUGCUUUACGUUUGUUUCGGGAGUCAGAAAUUGUUGAAGAGAAAACAAAUGGAAGCUUUGGCUUCGGCACUCGAGCAGAGCAGGACUAGGUUUAUAUGGGUUGUAAAAACUGGUGUUACGGAACGAGAAAUGGAAGAAGGAUACGGCGUCGUUCCGGACGGGUUCGAAGAAAGAAUCCAAGGGAAAGGACUGGUGGUGAGGUCAUGGGUUCCGCAGCUGAUGAUACUGAAACACAGAGCGGUUUGGGGGUUUCUGAGUUAUUCGGGUUGGAACUCAUUAAUGGAAGGGAUAGCAGCUGGAGUGAUGAUAUUCACUUGGCCAAUGGAGGCUGAUCAUUAUCUGAAUUCUAAGCUUCUGGUGGACGAAAUGGGUGUUGCGUUAAAGGUCUGCGAAGGCGAUGAUGGAGUGCCUGACUCGGCUGAGUUGGGAAAGGUGAUUGAUGAGUCAAUGUGUAACGUGGAUAACCCACACAGAGUGAAAGUCAGAGAGAUGAGGGAUCAGGCUUUUGAAGCGGUAAGUGACACUGAGAGCUCAUGCAGGGAUUUGGAUCAGCUCGUCAAAGAAUUGCGCCUACUUUUAAAUUAAGGUGCUUAGAUUGACGUGAAAAAUAUGCUUCUGCUUAGCAAUAAAUGUUUAUAUAAAGAGAAUUCAUUGAACUGCAUCAUAUAUGUAAAAUAUAAUUAUAUUAUUCUAUUAUCCCAUUGAAUGAAAAUCUUCUUAUUCA